GAUAUUGUGUAGUUCUUUCUGUAACAGAAUAGAAUGGCAUGGCUACAUUCUGUGAGGGUUUUACUUUAUUUGCACUGCCAUCUGGGCAGUGUGGGGAAACAGGAGGGCUUUUAGGAAUUGAACCGGGACCGGAGGAUGACAGUGUCAUUGUUACGGAUAGUGGCAGAACAGUUACUGUUUAUAAGGUAUCCGACCAGAAACCUUUGGGAAGCUGGACAGUUAAGCAAGGUCAGGUAGUCACUUCACCUGCUGUCUACAACAGUAAGACAGGAGAAUAUGUUCUGGUUUAUGACCAUAAGGUCUUGAGGCUUUGGAAGGAUGAAGAUGCUAAUUUGGAAAAAACGUUUAAAGCAACGUUAUCAGCGGAGGUGUAUCGGAUACACACACUCCCUAAUACAGAGACCGUUGUUCUCUUUAGGCGAGGAGCUGUGAGACCUCUGGAUGUACUACUAGAAGCACCACAGCAGGAAAUCAAAAAUGUCAUUUCAGAAGAAGAGGUCAUCCGAUUGAAAGUAGUACCAAGCUUUAGGAUGCCUGAGAUUGAAGGAAUGGAGGAAGGUGUAAGGGAUGGAUGCCUGCAUAGGAGACAGUCUACAGCUUCCUUUUUGUGCCACUUUAUAUUUCUGAUGUCUUAA